AUGGAGGAUUUCGACACUAGCUCGAAUUCUGACAGCAGCGAGGACAAUUCGGGUGACUUUGAAGAUUUUCUGAAAACAAACGAGGUCGAGAGGGAAGUUGCUGGGCGCGGGGGAGUAUGAAUUGCAAAAGUAUCGUACUCGUAGUUUUGCAAUUAUACAAAUUCGCUCAGCAUUACAACUAGACUUUGUCAUGCGCUUUCAGCUUAAAAAGGGGAUUUGUAAUGCAUAAAUGCAAUCGCUACGAGUACAACGAUACUUUUGCACAGGAUAGGGGGCCGAUAGUGACGACUACUACCCGUUUGUCGAAGCGUUCACUUCUCCGGAAGAAGCCAUUUUGUCAGAGAUGAAACGGAGAACCACGACGGCCGCGAGCGGGAUGUUUUUGGACAAUAGUGGUGGUGGAGGAGUAGGAGGAAGAAGAACGACGGUGAGGGAUUACGAACAGCAGGAGUUGUACGACGGAGAAUUUUGAUUGAAGAUGGCACCGAUCAUCAAGUGAGUACAGGAUGUCGAUGCACAAACAACUGUGCGAUUGAUGUGUACUGUAUCGCAGUCAACAGACAACGCGUGAAUCCUAUCCACGAAAAUGUGUAUAUACCAAAAAAACAGUCAAACAAUUGAUGAUGAUUAGACGAAGACGUCCACGCAAUUUUACGAUUUGGAUUAUUUCUUCACUUCGAGCAAAAUCUGGUACUAGUAAGCGCCGGUAUUUUUAGCUUUUCUAUUGAUGUUUGUAUGAUGACGAUCAUUGAGAUUGAGAGACGAGGAAUUAUUAGCUGCAUAAAACUGGAAAAGUUUUACAUUCUGGAAAUGGAAAAGAUGACAUUUACGACUUUACAGAAACGAUGUCAAUCUCGGUCGAACGCGGGCGAAUUUUAAGUGAAAAUUGUGACACUCAUACUUCUUUCGAGCUCUAAUUCAAAACAGCACAUGCACAGUUUCAAUGAACUACGUCAUUCAAGAUAUCUUCACACUCAGUAGCUAGUAUGAAUUUGUCGAUGAGCAUGUCUUAGCUCUGCAUGUAAAAUGAACGACUGCAAACACUUACGCUUUUACCGUACAAAAAUUUUGGAAUGAAGCUUCAACAAAAGCGACAUUACCGCAU